GUGUUCAUUCGUGUGUCAGUACUGUGGGAUGGUUGUGUUGUUUAGGUUGGGUUCUGUCAAGCUUUGUGUAAAUAUUUAGUGAAUAGUAUAGUACAAAUAUUACUAAUAUUUCUCUAUUCUCUGAUGCUAUUGAUCUUCCAAGAGAGUGGUGAUUUUCGAGUUUGGUGGACUUUGGAGUGGUCGUGAUAAUGUAAACGGGACAUUUUUGGUUAUCAGUUUUCCGCAAACCGGUACUAGAUGAACUUUUGCUCUAAAAUCUUACAUUUCCUAAUUAAACGCACUACUCUCAGAAGUGCAAUGUAUCCAGUCAGAUCUACUGACUCUUAUUUAUGUACUAUAACUGAACAAUUGAUUUAAGUGCUAAAAUGCGUUUGUGAUCAAAGAAGCUUUUCUGUGAUUUGUUUUGGUCUUAAUUCUUCAGAAUCUGUGUUCGAUAAUGAAUAGAUCUAUUUACAUAGCCGUUUUGGUUUUACUGCAUUCAUUGG